AUGGAAAACUCGAUACAGGAAGCCAAAAAAGCUGCUCAAGAUAAGAUUCAUGAGAAUGCGAAAAGCCAAUUUGAAAAGAAGUCUCCUACAGACAUCGCGCGAGUCACUGAAGCAGGAGGCCUCUACGAGCAGAUCAAUGAUCCUAAUAUAUAUAAAGAAGAAGAAGGGUCAUACUCAGAGACGUCUUUGGCUCCUAGUAGGCAUAAUGAAAAGGUGUUUACACAACAGCAGGGAAUGGAGCAACAGCUGGAAAUGCGUCAUAAUGCUGAGGAUCCGCAUUUGUCUAGAGUUCGGAUUCAGCGGUUAACGCAGCGCGUUCACAGUGGCCAUCAGCAGCAGCAGCAACAACAACAGCAACAGCGACAACACUUUGCAGAGCAUCUUGUUCGACAGGUGAAAUUUACUUAA